AGAUUCAUAGUAGACUCGAUUCAGAAGCAUGCUGUUGACGAAAAUGGAAACACAAAGUUCCAAGUCAAGUGGCAAGGUUAUGAAGAUGAAAAAGAUUGGACAUGGGAGCCUCUGAAAAAUCUCAGAAUCUCAGGCGAAGAAAUGAUUCGAGAUUACUUCGAUCGGCUCGCUGAAAAGUCGAGCGGUAUGAAGGAGUCGAGAAUGGCGGUCGGCACCAAACGCCACGAGAAUGCCGGUGGUCAUGUUCCCAGAGCAUCCUCUCGGAGACACAGUCGUUCUCUUCCUAUUUCAAAAACGCUCAAGUGGAGGGCCCCUGUUGGAUCUUGGGAAGAUAAAAUCCAGACCAUUGACAGCUGCGAGGAUGCAGGCAACGGGGACUUAAUCGUUUACGUUACCUGGAAGGGAGGCCAAAAGACAAGGCACAAAGCUCAGAUGAUGCAUGCAAAAUGCCCACAAAAGGUU